AUGGCGCCGAAGCCCGCAGACAAGUCCAAUCCCAAGACACCCGGCAAGGGGAAAAGCAAAGGUGGAGACAUGCCACAAGCUUCAAAGAUCGAAUUCGCCCUACCAUCCGCGAUGGUUACCUGCUUACAGGCAAUUACUUCCCGAUCUACACAAGAUCUGUGGACGUCACCAACAGCGGUUCCGACAGAUCUUUCGGUCGAACAGCAAGCUCAAAGAAGAGCCUCAGCCGUUGGCAAACUUUCCAAGCGCAUCAAUGGCAACCUUCGUGCCAAAGAAGAACUUCGCACGGCCCUUCAAACGUGGAUGAGUACUAUUGGUCUGCACCUAGCUGGCCUGGCUCAGAGGGUUCGGGCACUCGGAGACAAAGUGGAUGUGGACCUUGCCGAGGCGUGCCGCGAAAUGCAGGAAGCCCUAGCAGCACAACCAUCCCUGGCUACGUCGGAGCAGGUUGCCACCGCUAUCGAUGCUAUCGGCAAGCCUAUCUGGUCGUUGCCUCAGGAGCAAGAAACCCUCCGCCUGGCCGCCUCUCUUCGUGCAUUCAGUGUUGUGGAGGUGCCCGCCAGAGGAGCCGAUGUGCCAUCGGAGGUCAGUUUUGGGGCGGCAGGUCUCGGCCCGUUUGGUUCGGCAGACUCUGUUAUGAGUGGCGACGGUGCAGAGGCCCAGAUGCUCGAAGGGGGAGAGAACGGAAGGUUAUUCCAUACUGGCGAUGCGCCCUCUGCUCGAGAGAUGGCCCCUGCAAGUGCUGCACCGGCUCGCGAAGUGCAUACAGCAGCUCCCGAGGGAGUCGCUUCCCGGGCCAAACGCUGGCGACGACGAGAUGGUGCCGAUGCCAGCAGACCAUCCAAAAGCCCGAGGCGCGAGGUUCUCGCAGGCGCUCCUUGGCCGGCCUCAGCCACGGGGACUACUCCAGAUGCCCUGCACCGACAGCCGCGCACGCAACUCCUGGAGGUCGAAGAGCCAGUACGCCCUACAGCAGAUGCUGGGUUAACAUGGGAGUUAGCAUGGCAGCAAGUACUGCAGUUCGCCUUGGAACAUGGGACUGCGAUGGUGGGCGAGGUUAUUCGCGACCCUCAACAAGAUACGGUCCUGCCGUUGCAAGACCAAAGCCCAGAGGACCGUACCGAUCUCCUGUCGGCAGCCGAGGACCUGUGGAUGGUGCUUCAAGCAGCGGCAGGAUUGGCAGAUGCGGCAGUGGUUCCCUCUCUGUGUGUGCGUCUACAAGAACUACUCAAUCGAGUUCGGCAAUGCCCCAGUGCGCUCAGUGGAAUCAGACAAGGGACGCUGCUGAUGGCACAAAUCACGGUGGGGAACCUGCUCGACCCGUACUCCUUUGCUCCGACAACUGCUCAGGAAUGGCUGUUUCCAGCAGCUAAUGCCGAGCAUGGGGCACUGGCACGAGGACAUAUCGCGACGAUGCCCUCUGCGUCGCAGGCCAUGUACCAGACGAUGGCGUUCCGGACUUACUUUAGGCGCUUGGCAGCGCUUGCCCAGGCUUCUCUGAUCUCAGGGGUGCAGAUAUGGCAACAGAGUUUUAUUCAGGGGCAGCCCGUCUUCACCACGAACAGUGUUCCACCAGUUCAGGACGUUCGUGAUCUUCAACCUGUCAGGAUGCAUGGGCAGCUCUUGCAUCGUAUGAUUUGCUCUGCCUUCGGCCUUGUCGAUUCGGAAUGGUGUUUAAGGCGUCUUGUGGAGGCUCUUCCAUCACUGCCACCAGAACAAUAUGUGUUGUCGCCGGUGAUCCUUUCUUGGGACCAGGUGUUAGUGCCGGUGGACCUACGGCCGCUGGGCGGUCAAGUCCGCCUUCAGCUCACGAAUCGCUGCGUGGCCUGUGGAGAGGUCGCAGCCCGUGCCAUGCAAACACAGCAUCUGGGCCCAUGCCCGGUCACUCUUUGUCGCACGAGCCAAGGUUGGUUCCAUCCCACUGCUCGUCUACUUUUGUUGCCGUUUGGCGAUGCCUUCCAGGUCUGGCCGAUGCAUCAAGCUCCAACUACCGAACUGCGGUCACUCGCAGAUAAUGAGGAUAGGGCCCCUACACUUGAAGAUCGAUUCAGCACCAGCCUCUCACUCCCGAGUACUGGCGAGCUUGCAUACCACGACCUCAGCGGGGCCAAUGCUGUCAUUCUGCACAUGCAUGGUCACACAUAUGCUUGUGUUCCUUCGUACGCGGACCACUUAACAUCGCGAUCAGCUGCAUUGGAUGCCGUAGCGGCCGACCUCCAGAUCCAGCCUGCUGGCCGGCUCUGCUUUGCGCGCCUCCUGCCUCCUCUUGAUCGUAUGCCAGCCAUUCAGUAUGUUGCUGCCUACUGCUGUGACGGUGAAGUUAUGGGAGUUGUGGACCUCCGGCCUUCUAAUGGAGGGGUUUAUGUAGUUGCUGUUCCGGAAGGCGCGACACCGGCCGAGAGGAUCUCGGUGGCUAUCAACAUGCACGGAGAGCCCGCGGCGAACAGUCCAAUUGCGGCUAGUCUGGCACAGGGCCAUUUGCAGGUCCUCCACCGAGAACAUGUUGUGGAUCCUUUUGCUCCUCUGAACGCUGCUCAGCCGGCCCCCAUUGUUGUCCUUCGGCGGCGCAGUAAUCUUGCCGCAGGCUACAGGGAUCCCAGCUUGCCGCUUGAAGACUCUGGUACCGAUAGUUAUGAGGUUCCUUUGUUCUACAGCCCAGAGCCAGAAGAGGUAUCAGCGGCAGCCAGUUCCGCAUCGGGUUGGAUUGGACCUCUGCUUGGGUGCCUCUCAGUUUCUGUUGCUCCCCGUCCGUGCCUGCUCCCCCUUCUGGUCGCUGCUGCGCUGGCUGUUCGAGACCUGGCUCCCAGUGAGCCUCUUUCCUCUCAUGUUGAAGGUAGGCCGUGGACAUUUGUUCAGCAACACCCAAGCCUUGCCUCUUUUGAAGAGCAUGCCACCCUUGGGCGGAGUCUUUCGGCUUUGGAUGCCCGUAACACUCUGAGCCUUACGUUUGAUAUGAAUGCAGGCCUUCCUGAAUUCCGGAUCUGUGUCUGGAGCCCCGCCGAGCAGAGAUGUUUCUUUGUAGCAGGGUCCGCCCAACCUCACGUUCUUCGUGAGCGUCUGUUCGAGACUAAGGUGGUUAUGCAGCGUCAUGAUUGUGUUCCUUGGGAUCCAUUGCCCUUUGAUCGUGGUAUCCAUUAUGUUGCCACCAAUUCUGAUGCGGCGGUCGUCACUGUCAUUGCUGAUACUGGGAAGGAAUAUUUUUGCCUUGAUGUCCCUAGACGGCACUUUGGAGCUUCGUUUCUGCAAGCCCUUCAGUUACUGUGCCCACAAAGAUGCUUCAGAAUCUCGGAGAAUGUCCGUACCCCGGUUCGCAACGGCGAUGUCAUCCGCGUGUUCGACGAUCAACUCUCCGCAUGCGGGACACCUCAGUUCUAUGUGCCUCGCUUCUCUCUCCCACCUGUUCUCGAAGCAGGUACUCAAAUGGUCUACGUAGUCUCAGCUGACAUGGGAACUAUUCGGCUUAAGAUACCGUUGGGGGUCGAAGUCGGCGUCAUUGAGCGUGCCCUUGUUGUUUGGUUAGGCCGGCAACGCUGUUUGGGCACGCGGUUGCAUAAGCUUGAUCUUGAUGUGGCUGUGCCCGUCUACUGCCUUCCGAGACGGGGGAGGAGCACCCUGGCUGUCGGCUUGAUCGACUUGGCUGACCCUGUCAUGGAUACCAUUGUGCAUGUCGUCGAUUCGGCCGGUCUCGCGGAACUGGACUGCGAAGUCCUACGAGAACCCUGGCGCCCUGCAUCCCUCUUCUGGAAUGAUGUGCUGGAAAGGGAGCCUGUGUGCAUUGCCUGUUGGUCUGCCUCUGAUACGGCUAGUGGGGGUAAAUAUCCUGUUCGAUUAGUGACACUAGGCCUUGACAUAUGCCGGGCUCUUGGAUCAGGAUGGCAACCUCCUGCUGCCAGUAUGGUGCCUGAGUACGACCUUGUCGUGGCAGCCGAGCAUCUUGGCAUCCAAUGGGGCCAUGCUCAGGUUGGCAAAGGGAAACCUGCCUCGACGCAGACUGCUGCCUCGUAUUGGCCCAUGCAAGCCUCCCCCCUCUUCUCGUCGGCGAUGCCGGUGCCGCGCCGAGCCGACGGUUGCUCCUUUGAUGAUAGACAUGGGGCUGAGGGAACGCUCUUUCAUCUCGAAUGCCCGCAAAUGCAGGUCCGAUGCACCAUCCCAUGUGUCGCAGGACGGCACAUUUGGGCCAUACGCAUGGGUAAUUGGGUACGGGCUGCUUGCACAACUACGCUCGGUUGGGACGAAGUGCUUGAUGUGGCAGGCCUGUCAUACUGGGACCUUCCGGGAACCAGUAUCCAUGGCCCGCACCAGGUCUGGACCUGGCCAGAGGAUGUUCUUUCCUUGUCGGGUCAAUGCGGACAUGUAAUGCAUAGCGGCAGUGACCCAUGUCUAGAGUGUCUCUACUCUGCCGAUCCACGCCCACAGCCUGUUCCUCCUGAACACUCUGCCGGAUUCCGCCCGCUUGGGUCAACCUGGAUCCCCCUUCUGCUGUCGUGCUUCGCUGCACGUCGGCUUGGCUGCCACUGGAUCGUGUUCAUUUUUGUCCUUCCAGCCGGCUGGGCCACCGGAAGUUCGGGAUCUUCUGAUACGCCCUCGGUUCUCCAUAGUCCUAGCUCUUCUGAGGGACUUGCUGGCAUGGAAAACUCCACUCCUGGUUGCAUUCCUGCGUGGUGUCAUGAGUUGUCGUGUCAGAGCACGCACUUCACUGUCGAUGCAGUGUCACUGGCGGAGUACUUCCUGCAGCACUCCCCAACAGAAUUGGUCCGGGUGCAGUUGUGGGUACCGUUCCAGGGGCCAUCCUUGUUUGAUUUCCUGCGAGAUGAGCCCGCAGAGGUGCUUCACUCUAAAUUACUUGCUGCCGGCCAUGACCCCACACGUCGGGUCUUGUAUGUCGCUUUUGAUACUCAGAGCACUGUUGUAGACCUGCUUUCCGUCCCACCUGCUAGUGGUCGCUGGUGGAUGGUUCGUGACGGCAUUUCUCGUGAGCUUCUGAGGCCUGUUACUACAUGGGUAGAAGCUAACCGCAGAGCUGUGGUUACAUUGAACUCGCAUGGACAGGUUGCAAGUUUAGUUGCCACGCCUGAAACUGCUGCGCUAUAUAACUUGCCGCAAGGUGCCAAAGGCGUGACGGCCACUCCCUUGACCCGCGUCUAUGGGCACUUAACUGCUCUCGGUCUUGUUUUGUUUGAAGCUAGCAUUGGGACAGUCUCCGGAUUAGCUCCACGUCCCCUGCCUCUGCUUGGAGCUCUGUUGCUCACAAUGCUUCCUAGUCAUGCUAUGAUGCAGGGUCAGGUUGUACCAGCGCGGAACCAAGCCCACUGGCAUACCGCUCAAGACCUCCCGCGGCAAAUGCGAGUGUGGACCCACACUCUUGCAGCGCCUGUGGUUGUUCCGUAUGCGGCGGAGCCUAACCCGGCCAGGUUGUCUGCUGCUGUCGCUGCUACGCAUCGGGGAGUGCGGGGAGAUGGUGUUUUUGAUUGGACCGUGCCACGUCAACACGGUGAUGCUGCCCACAUCAUACAUUAUCCUGCUGGCUUAUGUCCGCCCUUUGUGUUCUGGCUCGUGCAUUACCGUGGACGGGGAUCUGUGAUCUGUGCCACCCCAGGGAAUAUAGAUUGGCCGUACCUGGCACGGGAAGCCGCUGAAGCGUUUGCGUCUUCUAGCUUCAUGCAGGGCUCCUUUGGCAUUCAGCACAACGGUAGGGUCUUUGCGUAUGGCUCCGAGUUAGCGGCGCCACCUCAUGGCACAAUACUGCACUUGGUCCGCACUGGUGUUCGCUCCUCUGCCAACACUGCAUCCAGUGUAUGGGACGCACCUGCCGAACUUCCAUGGAUCCCUCAAUUCGAGUACAACCUAUGUCUGGGCCCGGGGGGAGAAGCCCCUAUCCAAGACGGCUCCCUGGAACACCGAUCAGCACCGUGCUCGGGAGACGAAUUACAAGCCUCCCUCUCCUAUAUGCAGCAUCUUCUCGGCGGCUUAGAGCAGUCCGUCGAAAGAUGUCAAGCAGUAGCUGUUGCGCUUGAGGCCCAGCAAACCCAACGGGACUCGGUCCCUUACUUCAACGGGGAACAGCCGGAGCCUGCUGACUCUGCCGCUUGGGGUUUGCAGGCACCUGGGAUGCUUCCACGUCUUGGUAUGUUAGCGGCUCUCGGCUUCUUAGGCGGAGGUCACAUCUGGCUGCUGUUCCCUGGAUUGCUUGCGGUCGCUCCGACCAUUGUGAAGGCCGAUGCUUCGGAUGAUGAAGUGCCGGACGGCCCCACCGAGCCAAGCUCACCAGAUCUCACUGAACUGCAAGCCCCUACCCCUACUGGAAAUGUCGAACAUGGUGUCGAACCCUCAGUAGGGAUUAUACAGCGUCCUAGUGAUUCAUCACUUGCUAGUACCUCCGCUCCCCUGCGUGGUGAGAUUGAGCCCCAGCUUGACAUCUUUGAUGCCCAUACUGUUGCUCGGCUCCAACGCACUGUUGCAGCUUGCCUCAGCGAAGUGGAUGUGGAAGAUCCCACUACGCCUUUUAUACCGGCAGGAUGCCCUUUCACCAUUCAUAACCCGUUUACGUGUCGCUCUCAGUGCAAAAUUAUGUCUGAGCUCAUACAGUCCCCACAGGCUUUGCGCGCCGUUUUAUCUGACUUUUCUGCGCGAAGAGGCUGGCAGCCGCUUGUGAGUCUGCAGCCUCAACCGGAUGCUCGUAGUAUCCAUCUUAUUCCGGCUGCUGCUAAUCCAGAUUUGGCCGCUGUGGUUCUUCGAACCGGCUCCGCGUUGCAGCCUAUCUGCCUUGCCCGGACGUGGCAAGGAAAUCCGUACCGCAGGAUUGUCCUGAACGGUCGCCAUGGACGGCUACGGGAGCCUUAUAGCAUAUCCCGAGGCAGUGGCGGUGCAGUUGCCUUUCGAGAUGGGGAUUGCAUGCAUGCCGAUAUGGGACCCUUUGGCCCACCUCCACCCACCCCAGCUCGCUCCGAUGGACACCGAUUGUCAAUUACUGUCGGGGUUAUAGCGGUCAUGAGGUUCCUUCUGCCAGGCCGCUUUGCCCUUUUGUGCCUUGCGUUGCUUGCCACAUCCCCCGCUGCGGUCCAGCUCGUGCCACCUGCGCCUGAUGGGGUUUCUUCUGCCCGUUACUCGGUCAGCCACUAUCCCUGGCGAGAAGCUGUUGAGCAGCAACACCUCAACCGAGUUUGCCGGGAUAAGGGCUGCCGGAUCUCGCUCCUAUGCCCGUGGCGAGGGCCGCAAGGUUUGUACCACACCACUUCGCAGGCCACGCUUCACGAUGUAUGGCACCAUUACGAAGAGUCGGGUCGCCCUCAGGAGCUUAUGCCUGUGUGGCCUGGGCUGACUGCUGAUCGACUUUGGUUUGUUCCACGUGCACAUAUUGCCGGAGCGUUGGUUUGCGUGGUUGCACAUCAAGAUACUAGAAUUCAAGCCCUAGUGAUCCCGACACGGUCUUCGCCUGCUCGGUUGCUGCAGACCAUCCGUUAUAUGACUGGAUGGGCGGUCGACAGUAUCGGCCUUCCCCCGGGGCUUCAUACACAAGUUGACAGAGUAGCCGAUGCAUCUUGUCUUCUGCGGGAUGGUGAUGUGCUUGAUGCUCUUUCCUCUCCUGAUCAGAGGCGGCCAUACCUCAUUCGCAGUCCGUCCGAUCUUAAGAGCAAUGUUUUGUGGACUCAGCACAUGACUCUGCAGCAACCCACCUUCAUUCGUAUUUGGACCCCGCGAAUACGGCCCUCCAUCCUCCUUUGUAUCGCUGUUGGCGAACACUGGGAACCGGAGAAAAUGUCCUUUACUGGAGAGUUCCGACACAACCACCCGGGACGUUGGGUGCCAGUUCCUUGGGCGCCGUGCCGCCUUCCUCACUUCGUGCAGGCGGCGGAGGAGGAGGAUUGUGCCAAUAUCUUGUUUGAGGAGCCGUGUGGCGUGCAUUGCGUUACCCUAGAUCGUCGGGUUACUCCGUACGACAUUACCCUUGGCACGCCAGAGCAUAGUCGGGGAGUACGCGUUCUUGGCAACCUACACAUUGGUACCCACGCCCCGCUCGACUUGCGUGAUGGCGAUAUUGUGGUGACACACCUCCUUGCUAGGGCUGAAGAUUCGGCAUGGCCGGAUCUUCGUAACUCUGUCAGUGGUGUAACCAGCAACUGGAAUAUCCGAUUUGCAGCCUGCCUCCUUCUUCCGACGAACCGUCUGAGUUGCCUCGCUGCCAUGGUUGUUGUGCACAGGGAUUCUGGCAACUGGGCGGUGGGAUAUCUACCGGUUGGCGGCGACCAUAUCGAUCAUUUUACGAUCAUCCUUCCGCUUCCGCCUGCGCAUGAGUACAUGCUUGCUCAGGGCGCUACAUCAGGUUUGCAAGUUUUGGGACCUCCCUCUCUCCGGCGUGUUGGCGGAUACGAGGUCCUUGGCACCCGCGGGCCCGGCAUCGCGAAGCCCUUCCUGCACUGGAUACCUGAUGGCUCCUUGUGGUCUCCCAAGUGGCUGCAAUUCAGUGUCGAUGGUCGCCCUCUUUCACAGGGCAGAUGGGUCCCAACUGCAUUUUUGCCCGAAUAUGAAGUCGGCUUUGUCGAGCAGCCGGAUCCGCUUGCUGUUCAUGUACUCUUAUACCAGCCCUAUGAUCCCACUGCUACCUCUUGCAGGCGCCUGCUGUUGGAGCCCUCUGCUGAACGUACCGCUCUUAACAGAGUUUCUGAGGAGUGGCAGCUCCGCCCGGACUUGCAGGCACGUGUGUCGGUGCCGUGGCCUCGGAAUGGUGACGUGAUGGUGCCCAGGAUACAACACACCGCAUUACAAGCCAGCCUUCUCUCCGCUGGUCUUACGGGGUUUGCUUAUAAAUCCGGGCCUUGUCUUCUGUGGAUUUCAUGUUUUCUCUCUCUCAGUGUCGGUGCCCUUGCGGAUAAGGGGCACAGUGUUGCGGAGGAGAUUCUCCCAACGGCGCCUUCCCUGGAACACAUACCCUCACUUUUAUCGAUUGCUGUCUUUGCUGUCAGCGGACGGUUUUGCACCAUUGGCUUGUUGCCAUUCGCGGCCGCUAUGGUGAUGCCUACGGCAGAGCAGCAGCAGACACCGCCGGUGUCGAUCGGUAAGUUUCCGUGGCGGGAUCCCCCCCAAUAUCGGGUUUGUGGGGACUCAGUGUUUCCGGGAGCCCGUGCUCGCUUGCUGUCUCCCUUCCGCGGGGACGGGGAUGAGGUUGAAGUUUCGGCUGACACCUCGAUAGAUGAUCUCCGCAUCUCCCUAACAGGGGCUGAACCAUACUGGCAUGGCGACAUUAUGCCGGUAUGGCCUUCGAUGUGGCCUCAGACGUCAGUCUAUGUUCCCAUUCCGACUGGUGGGGAUCUCGUUUGCAUCGCAGUUGUAUCGCCGGAAUGGCAGCUGGCUGUUCUCACACCACGACGGGCGGAUCUGGAUUGGCUUCUGGCAUAUCUUCGGCGAAUUACCCCGGGUCCGAUACUCUCCCUGCACCCUCCGCUGGCCGCCUGUCCAGAUGAGGCAUCCCAAGCCAUCGAUUGGCGAUCCGGCGAUGUCCUGCUGGCUUUCCAAUGUGGCAGCACAGCUGUGGCGUACGAGUUACCCGUCUUUCUUUCUCCGGCCCACGUACGCCAUGCAGCUAUCUGGAACUACGAUUUUGUGGUUCAAUGUGAGGUUCCACUGCUGAUGUGGCGAGUUGGUCGGCGUCCUGCUGCAACCACCAUGCCACCGCCUGCUCGGUGGGUGGCCUCCGAACAGACAUUCACUGGGCGAUUCGGAACUAAGUACCCUGGCCGCUGGGCUCCUGUGCCGUGGGCGCAUACCGAGCAUGUUGCCUUGUGUCAGAGUGCUGAUAGCCCCGACCACUGUAAUAUUAUCUUCGAGACCUGUGAAAACCUGCAUCUUAGUGGAGAAUGCCUCACUGUCUCUACCUCCUCCAGUAAGUAUUCGCUUUCCCAGCUGACUGGAGUUAACGCUGACAGUCUUACCCUGCUUGGUCAAGGAGUCGACACGGCAGAUUUCCCGCCUCUGCGAGAUGGUGAUGUUAUUUUUCACGAUGCAGAGGGCGAGACAGGACGCACCUGCCGCAAUAGUGCUCGACCCGUCCUUGCUGUACUCGUGUGCGGGCUUUCGAAGUGGGCCUGCCCUGUCGCGCUUGUUGGCAGUUGGUGGCCACUUGUUGAGCUCUGGAUUGGUAGCUCUUUGCCAACUUUGCUCCUGGUCCAUGGCAGUGCGGCGGCUUUCUCGCAGUAUCUGCCCUUGGUGGAGCCAUUGGUGGAGAAGAUGGGCUAUGGGAUUGUGACCUUCGAUUGGUACGGCUGCGGUGGCAGUGACAAGCCGGACUCUUGGUCAGCCUACUCUUUCGAUGAGCUCCUGGCAGAUCUGAAGGAAGUCUGGAAGUUGGCAGCCGCCUGUGGUACCGGGCCUCACUUCGUGGCUGGUCAUUCCUUCGGCACGCACUUGGUGAUUCGCCUCGUGGCUUCUUUGGCACUUGAGACCGAGACGAAACCCAUCUCCGGCUUGGUUCUCCUUGGCGGUGCCCGGCAGUUUCCUGAAGGUCAUCCCAUUUUUCGACUGCCGGUGUUCCUUCUGAGCCAAUUUCAGCACGGGAUGACGGAUGCUUUCUUGAAGAUGGCUUUGGCUGACUCCUGCGACCCAGAGCUGCGGAAGCAGGAGGAAGAUGCGUGCAAUGCGAAUCCGAUGUACAUGUGUAAGGCCUACUACAGGCAGGUGCGCAAUGCCACCGAUGUGGAGCUGAACGCAUGUGUGGACAUGCCCGCCUUGGUGAUUCGAGGUGAGCAGGAUGGUAUCAUCUCUGCUGAGGAUGCCAAGGCGCUUGUCGCGACGCUCCCCAAGUCUAAAGGCGUGGAAGUGCAGGGAGCUGGCCACGCUCCGAUGUUAGAGGCUCCAAGUGAGGUGGCAGAGCUUGUGGUGGAGUUUGUGAAGACGGUGAUGGAGGGUUGA